ACCAUAAGAGAACUUUAAAUUAAUAUAUAAAAUAUGAAGAAAGAAAAUAAGAGAAUACUAAAAAAAUUGUAAAUUUAAAAUUGUUCAAAUAAAAUUAAUAUAACUUUUAGAAGAUAUUAGGCGAGAUGAGAGGUAGAGCGAGAGGGAGAGCAGACGGACACCGAACACGGACAACACAGGCAACACUGAGUUAUGGACAUGGGAGAUCACGAGGGAUAAGCAAACAGAGGAGCUAUCGAACAGAGGAGCAGAGAAGAGUGCAAGGAUGGAAGUCCAGUACUGGGGGAAUGUACAACAGAGGUCUUUAUAAACAAGCAACACCAUAUUUCUUCACCAACUUCCCAGAGGAGUGGAGUUAUGUAGAGAUGUGGAUGACUUUCCGAAAAUUUGGAAGGGUAUUAGACAUCUAUAGCCCAAGUAGAAGAAGCAAAAAGGGACAUAGAUUCGGAUUUGUGAGAUUCUUGGAUGUGAAGAACAUAAAGGAGCUGGAAAGGAGGCUUGACCAGAUAUGGGUUGGCAAUUUCAAGCUAUGGGUGAAUAUUCCGCAGUUUAGAAACAAAGAACCGAACAGGGAAGAGGAGCAUAGAAAGAUACUAAGAGCGGAGCCAAAGAUACAAAACAAGACGUAUGCAGAGGUGGUGAAGGGACAGUAUGGAAUAGAUGUAGGAGGCGACGUAGAGGCAAAACAGAAAGACAGUGGGAGUAGGAGCCUCGGGAGGGAUAACAGAGGAAGUAGCACAAGAACGAACCUUCGAAGCAGAGAAACAACGCUAGUCUGGAAGGAGAAAGGACAGGGGGAACAAUGGCUCGGCAUGGAUUACAAUGAGAAGUUCUAUAUGGAAAGCUAUUUCUCUUGUAGAAUUCGUGCAAUGGGGGGUAAAUUGGUGCUGCUAGAUUGUGAUGAUAAAGAGGAAUUGAAGGACCUGGUAGAGAUGGCAUCAUGUUGGUUAGAGCAGUGGUUUGAAGAGGUGAGCCCAUGGACAUCGGAGAAAGUGGCAUAUGAAAGAUUUGUUUGGAUUAGGUGCCAAGGAGUUCCCCUAAAUGUAUGGAAAUCGGAAUUCUUUGCUAAAAUGAGUUGUGCAUGGGGGAAGUUUAUCUGUGUUGAUGAUAGCACCAGCCAAAAGAGGAGAUUCAACAUUGGCCGAUUCUUAAUAUCAACGCCAAUCAUGGGAACAAUUUCUGUCAAGAGGUCUAUAAGGAUUAAUGGGUCCAUUUACAACAUUAAGUUCACGGAGGAGGAGUUUACCAAUGGCUUCUUCUCAUUGAAACAGGAUUUCUUGCCUACCUUCCAAAGCGACUCAGAAGAACAGGAAUCCUGGAUGAUGGAAAGCGAGGAAGAGGAUUUGGGUUGUGUUGGUGCAAAAGAAGCACGGGGUGACAUGGAAGACGCAAGGAAGUUGAGGUUGAUGAUGAUGAUGUGGGAAUUCAAAACAGAUAGAAAGCUUUCGGGGGGAAAGAGAGGGAGAUUUGAAAUAGUAGCUGGGCCUAUGAAUGAGGAGGAAUAUCUCUUGGGCUUAAACGAACAUAGUAAAAGGAGGUCUAAGGAGGAGUCCAAUAAGAAGGAAGAAAUUCCAGAAGGGGAGGUGUCUACCAAUGUGGAGAAGGCCCAAAAUAGCACUUUGAAGAAGGCCCAAAACUCUUUAGAUAAUGAAGCUACAAGCAGUCAAAGGGAAGCAGGGUCGGUGAACAUCAAUAAUGGAGACCAUGAACCCUCUGGGAAAGGGUAUGAGAGGGAAGAGGACAAGCUAGCAGAAUGGAUAGAAGGAAAAGCUGAAGGGAUCCUAAAAAAGAGCAAGAGACGAAUCAGAUCAUGCAGUUCGGUAUACUCGAAAGAGGGAUUCACACAACAAUUUCGACAAGAAGGAAGAGGCCGAAAAGGAAGAAGGCGAGGCUUUGUGGAGAACAGAGCACAGCCGAGUUUCGUGGCAAGCCCAACAGAAGAAGUAGCUGGGGAGUCUAUUGGAGACAGCUGUAUUCAAAACUGCAACAGAUCAAUCAAGAAGCAGUUGAAGAAAGAGUUGGCUAAGGAGAUAUGGGAAAUAGCGAAGCAGCUGGGAGUAGUGGCCGAAAAUGAGGAAGAAAUAAUACAAAGGAUUGACGAAUUGGAGUGCAGAGACAAUUGGGCAAAAGCUAAUCGGGAAAAGAAUGUAACCGAGCCAAGGGAGGAGGUGUUUAAGAAACAUGAGAUUUUGGAGGGUAAUAAUUUUAUUGGAGUUUAUGGGGUCUGGGGGGAAGAGGAGACGCCAGUAUAUAUUCUAAACAUAUAUUACCCAUGUACUUUAACUGGCAAAAGAGGUCUUUGGGAGGAGCUGCAAUGCUUGAUCAGUAAUAGAAGGGGAAGAUGGUGCUUGGGAGGGGAUUUUAAUGCCACUAGAAUAGUAGGGGAACGGCAUAGGAGUAGAGAAAUAACUAGAGAAAUGAGGGAAUUCAAUUGUUUUAUUCAUGAAGCUGAAUUGAUAGAUUUACCAUUGGUUGGAAGGAAGUUUACAUGGUAUAACUCAAACGGGUUGCAAAUGAGUAGAAUUGACAGAUUCUUUCUUUCAAAUGGAUGGGUACUGAAAUGGAAAGAUGUGAAACAGUUGGGCCUAAGAAGAACAGUGUCAAAUCAUUGUCCUAUUUUACUAAAGAAUGAGAAAGUGGAUUGGGGGCCGAAACCAUUCAAAUUUUUUAAUGCUUGGAUGGAUCAACCAGGAUGCAUAGAAACUAUUAGAAAUGCAUGGAAAUCUUGUGAAGUGAAUGGCGGAUAUGGACUCAGGUUGAAGGAAAGGUUGAAAUUCACCAAAAAUGCUCUCAAGUUGUGGAGCGGAAGCUCAAUGAUAGCAAUUGAUAAGAAAAUUAGGGAGGCUAAAGUAGAGAUUGAAGAGCUGGAUAAGAAAGGAGAAAAUAGUCUUUUGACUCACAUAGACAUAGAAAGAAGGAGAGGGUGCUUUAUUGAUCUAUGGAACAACUUAAAAAUCAAGGAGAGUAUGUGGCAACAGAAAUCAAGGAAAAUGUGGCUCAAAGAAGGGGAUGCAAACACCAAGUUCUUUCAUAAAAGUGUAAAUGGAAGAAGAAGAAGAAAUGAAAUCUAUAGCAUUCUGAUUAAUGGAAAGCAACUCACUGGAGUGACAGAAAUAAAGGAGGGGGUGGCAGAAUACUUCCAGAAUCUAUUCACAGAAGAGGUAUGGCAUCAACCCAAACUUGAUGGAAUUGGGUUUAAGCAGAUAUCCCAAACUGAUAAUGAGCUCCUCAUAGCACCUUUCUCUAAAGAGGAAAUUAGGAAAGUCAUUUGGGAGUGUGACUCUUCUAAAGCCCCAGGCUCGAACGGCUUCAAUUUCAGAUUCAUGAAGUCCAUGUGGGAUGACAUUAAAACCAAGGUGAUCGGAUUUGUAAAGGAAUUCCAAGAACAGGGCAGAUUAGUAAGAAGGUCUAAUGCCUCCUUCAUUGUGUUGAUCUCUAAAACCGUGAAUCCUCAAAGAAUUGAAGAAUACAGACCCAUAUCCCUCAUUGGUGUCAUGUAUAAGAUGAUUGCAAAAUUACUAGCAAGCCGCCUAUGCAAAGUGCUACAUAAGAUCAUCGGGGAACAACAGAUGGCAGUUAUUAAGGGUAGACAAUUGGUGGAUGGAGUAGUCAUUGUGAAUGAAGUAAUAACUGAAGCGAAGAGGAAGAGGAAGAAAAGCUUUGUGUUCAAAGUGGAUUUCGAGAAAGCAUACGACAAGGUGUGCUGGAACUUUAUUGAUUAUAUGCUAGAUCGAAUGGCCUUUAGUGCUACUUGGAGGAGGUGGAUCCAAGAAUGCUUGAAAUCGAGCAUGGUCUCAAUUCUAAUCAAUGGGAGUCCAACACGUCAAUUUUCGGUCACAAAAGGCAUCCGACAAGAAGACCCUCUAUCCCCCUUUUUAUUCCUGAUUGUGGCAGAGGGUCUAAACGGAUUGAUGACAGCAGCUGUUGACAAAGAGCUGUACAAGGGUGUGGAGGUCGGAAAGGAUGCAAUAACAAUUACUCACUUACAAUUUGCGGAUGACACCAUAUUCUUUGGGGAGGCCUCCGAGCAAAAUGUAAGGACAAUUAAGUGUAUUUUGAGGACAUUUGAAAUGGCGGCGGGGCUGAAAAUAAACUUCAGAAAAUGCCAACUAAUGGGCAUAGGGUUGGAUGACGAUUGGAGAAACAAAAUGGCUUAUAGACUAGGAUAUAAAGAAGGGGAAUUCUCGAUCAAAUACCUGGGGAUUCCCAUUGGGGGGAACCAUAGAAGGCUUAAGAUGUGGCAGCCAUUGCUUGAUUCGUCUCCCCGUGUUCUUGAUGUCCGUCUACUUGAUCCCAAAAGGAAUUUUUUAUGGGGGGGAGAGGGAGUGGAGAGAAAAAUUAAUUGGGUAAAGUGGGAUAUGAUUUGCAAAGAUAAGGAGUACGGGGGGCUAGGUGUGAAAGAUUUAAAGAAGUUUAAUUUAGUGCUAAUGGGGAAAUGGUGGGGUCGGUUAGCAGCAGAAGAAAAGGGUUUAUGGAAACGAGUCAUUAGAGGAAAAUAUGGAGGGGGAGGGGGACAUUGGCAGAAGUGGGUGAGAAAUGGAAAUGAGGGGGGCUCUCUAUGGUGGAGUGACAUCCAGAGGAUUAACAAUGCUGAGAGGGACAAUAUUGGGUGGUUAGUUGAGGGGUUUAGAUUAAAGAUGGGGGAGGGUAAAGAGGUGAGCUUCUGGUGGGAUGAGUGGUGUGGGGGGCGCUGUCUUGCUAACUUGUUUCCUAGAUUAUAUUUGUUAUCAACAGAUAAAGAGAAAAAAUGCUACCAAAUGGGGAGAGAGCUUAAUGGAACGUGGGAAUGGAAAUUAAAUUGGAGAAGAAGAUUGAUGGAAUGGGAAGAAGAGUCGACCUAUGAGCUAUCAAAAAUGAUCGAAAAAGUGAAAAUGCAACCAAGAAUCAUAGACAAAUGGGAGUGGGUGCACAAGAGGGACGGCAAAUACUCCUCUUCAUCAGCUUGUUCGCUGUUGUCAAAUGCCCAGCAGACUCCAAAUGAAAAAUGCUUUAAAAGAAUCUGUAAUCACAAUAUUCCAAGCAAAAUUGCAGCAUUUAACUGGAGAGUCGUGCUUGAUAAAAUACCAACCAAAAAGAACUUGUUGAAAAGAGGAAUUGAUAGUGUGAUGGAUGAUGUGAAGUGUAGGCUCUGCGAGGAGGAAGAUGAAGACUCAGCCCACCUGUUUCUGAGAUGCAAAGUAGUGAAAUGGAUUUGGAAGGAGUGUGCUAAAUGGUGGGGGAUUUCUAUAAGGAUGGAGACGGACUGUUGGACAACCUUCGACCACCUUGAGGCAUGGACCAAUGAUAAACGGCUCAAAAAUGGAUGGGAUUGCAUUUGGAGUGCAGUGAUCUGGUCAAUUUGGCUUUUGCGGAAUAGGAAGAUUUUUCAAGGCCAAGAAACAAACAUGGAUUGGUUGUGUAAUCCUAUAGCUUGUCUUACAGAUGGUUAAGAGUAAGCCUAGGAGAAGAAUAGUUUCAAAGAUAGGAGUAACAUAUGUAGCCUAUUCCUUCUCAGUUCUUGUGUAAGUAAUUAGGUGGAGUACUGCUUGUACAUCCACACUAAUCUUAAUAAAUUACCUUUGCUGUG